GGGCCGGGCCCGGGCCCGUAGGCGGCGGGGAAGCGCGGCGAUGGCGGCGGCCCCGCGCUGCCGGGAGCGGCUGUUCGCCUUCUACUUCCUCUCGCACAUCGCCGUCACGCUGCUGAUCGACCUGCAGGCGCUGCUGCCCGCCGGCCUCCACCCGCGGGGCCUGACAGAGUUGUUGCAGUGGUAUGCAGCCACCUUUAGAGACCCCAUGAUGCUCCAGCCCCCAGAGUGGUUUAAGGCGUUUAUAUAUUGCGAAGCCUUCUUACAAAUGCCUUUCUUCCCCAUUGCAGUAUACGCCUUCUUAAAAGGUGGCUGCAAAUGGAUAAGGACUCCUGCAAUUAUCUACUCCACCCAUGUAGCUACAACUUUGUUUGCUAUCCUUGCGCAUAUCCUGUUCCACGAUUUCUCAAAGUCUGAGCAUUUGGGACCUCAGACACAACGUGAGCGCCUGAUUCUGCUAUCUAUAUACAUGCCAUACUUGCUGAUACCACUUCUGAUUCUCUUUACCAUGCUCUACAACCCCUAUUAUAACCAUGUGGAGAAAAGGAAAAGGAAGUAAUCCACUCUAGAAGUUGUACGCACAACACUCCUACUGGUUUGGAUUCAGCCCCUGUGCUGACGUAGUCCUCUGGGACAAACAUCUGUCUCGUGUUGUUGGCUGCAACAGUUUUUACCAGAGCAUCUGGCUCCUGCAAGAAAAAUGUGAAUUGGUUUGAGUUCACAGCUCUCCUUCAAUCAGAAAUAGCUUUGGCAGACGCCUGUACUAGCAAUUCCACGUGGUUUCUGGGCACGCACGGGUGAAGGGACCUCCCUCCUCUCCCACUGUCUGUUUUGUGCGGUACAUCUGUAAUAGGAAAAUGAACUUUUCACCAUUUGAUGUCUAACUGUGUGACGGGCCAGGGGAGGGAAACUACAGCUGAUACUUUUCUUUCAAGUUCCCUUUUUCCAAGAUGACUGUUAGAAAACCAUUUAAGUAAGAAAUUUGUCUUCCAAGAGCAUAUUCUGUGAAAUCUGUAACUGGUUAUAUACAGAUUUGCAAAGCUAUGCUUUUAAAGCAUUUCAAAUCAUAUAAUAAUUCUUAACUUAGUUGCCCCUCCCUUUAAAAUUUCACCUUCCUUUGCUCUGCUUCAGUUUUGAUUAAUUGUAAAUGUCUAAUCAGUGAUAAACGUGAUGAAAUCUGGA